AUGCAGCUGACUACGGCGACUCGACACCGGUCAUCGUCAUCUGUCAGUCCCCAGAGGAGGCGCACAGCAUGUUUGUGGCGGCCAACAGCCACAAUCAAACGACCAUCUUCGAGUUCAUUAGCCCACGCGCUGGAUCUAUGCAUCAACCGCCAGCAGGACCAGCAGGCUUGUCUGUGCACCGGAGAUGGACCAACACGCUGGGUCGAAAUGCCACAAUCAUCCCAGCUCCCGCUGGAUGCUGCGGCAAUCGAUGUCCCAGAGGAAAUGUCAAGGUUUGCAAGCACCCAACCACAGACACCAUGGGGGACCCGAACUGUUCACCCGUCAGCUCGUCUUCGCUUCCAAGACGGGGAUGGCUUUGAUUACAUGACCGCUACAAAUGUCCUAGAGGCAGCCCAGACGUACAAGGCGCAUCCCUGCCGGUUUCGAGUUGUAAUAAUUGAUAUAUCCAUGCCCGAGAUAGACGGCUUCGACGUCUCCCAGCAUAUCCACCGCAUUGAAAAGGAUAGUUGGUCACAGAUGAGCGAGUCUGCGCGAGAGGACUCCCGGAGGACGAUCUUCGCAGCCCUGACUGGCCUGGACAGCGUUGAAGCGCAAAAAGAAGCCUUUGGAUCCGGCAUCGAUACUUUUUGA